AAAAAGGGACCUCUCUCCGAAAUUGAUUAUUGGAGAACAAGACACGCUUCACUAGGAACAAUUUGGGAAUCACUAAAUAGUAAAACUGUAAAGAAUGCUAUAGAAGUGCUCCGAAUUUAUGAUGCACAAUUAUUACCUGGUUUUGAUGACCAAUUUCAAGAAUUAACUAAAUUAUACAUGGAAGCAAAGGAAAAUGUAAAGUUUUUACAAACUCUUGAACGUCACUUUAAAAACAUUUCACAAGCAAGAGGUUCAUUAACACCAAUUUCCGAUACACUUCCUUCUAUGAUGAAUGCCAUCAGAAUGGUUUGGGUAAUUAGUAGAUAUUAUAAUACAGACAAGAGAAUGAUACCUCUUAUGGAAUUAAUUGCUCAAGAAAUUUGCUUGAAAGUAUCACAAUAUAUUAACCUAGAGACUAGUUUAGAUGUAAAUAAUAUUUUUAAUAAUCCGUACAAGUUAGCAGAAAGACUUCAAGAGGGAGCUGAAGUUUUACAAAAAUGGAAAACUACCUACUUCCAUGUAAGAGAAAAAAUAGAAAAUACAAGUAAGGAUGAACGUUGGCAUUUUGAAAAGGACUCACUUUUUGAACAAUCUGAUUACAUGUCAGAAAGAUGUUACGAGUUGAAAGAAUUAGCAAUUUUUAUUGGAAGAUAUAAAUCAUUUUUAGGUCCAGAAUUGAGAAAUAUUACUGGUGAAAGUGGUAUUGAUGAAAUUUUGGAUAGAUUGAAAGAUCUUGUUACACCAUUCCAACAAAAUGCUAAUUUAAUUUUUAAUAGAAAUGCACAAAUGAAGUGGAUUGAAAUAUUUAAACAAUUUAAAGAAAAUUCAGAGGAAAUUAAAAUACAAACCAACUCAUUUAUUGAUAAGAGUUUCAAGAAAUUGAGAUCAGCAGAGGGUGCCUUUAGGCUUUUACAAGAUGUUAGAAAGAUUCACAGCCAAGACAAAGACUCUAUAAAUCAAAAGAUGAUGCUCAAGUCGAUAGAUAUUCUUGAAAGAUAUGGAGAAGAAGUUGAUAAUAUUUAUCAAAUUUUCAACAAUGAAAAAUCUAAUCCACCAAGAACAAAGAAUAUGCCACCAGUAUCUGGAGCUAUUUAUUGGUCUCAUUCACUCUUUGAAAGAAUUAGAAAACCAAUGAUUUUGUUCAAGGAGGCUCCAGAUAUGUUGGAUACAGAUGAAGGAAAGAAGAUUCAAAAUAAGAGUUUUACAGUAGCUAAAGAAAUUCUAGAAUUUGAAGAAACUAAAUUUAAGGAAUGGAAAUCAACAGUGACGGAAGAUACUAUUAAAUACUUGAAAGGCAAUAUUUUAAUGAAAGAUGGUAAUAAGAUUGUUGUGAACUUCCAUGCUAAACUUUUAUUAUUAAUUCAAGAAACCAGAUAUCUUGAUAAACUAGGUAAAAAAGUCCCAGAAAUUGCUUUGAAUGUAACUUUGCAAGAAGAAAAGUACCACAAGUACAUUGAAAAUCUCAGAGGAAUGAUAGAAAAUUUCACUCAAUCAAAGGAUUCAUUAGAUAAGGCUGAAGAAAAGGUUCUUGCUCCUUUGAUUAAUAGAUUGAAGAAAAUAUUAGAACCUGGAUUUUCUGUUCUGAAUUGGAACUCAUUAGGUAUUGAUGAGUUUAUCAAAAGAUGUAACACGGAAAUCUCAGAUUUUCAAUCAAUUGUGCAGAAAAUGCAAAGAAACGCAUCUGUAAUCCGAUCCUUAAUCCAACAACUCAAGAGUCCUUUUGCUACAAAACUGGACUUGAAUGGAGAAAUGAUCACUUUACCAGAAUUGGUUGAAACUAUCGAAAGAAAUGUUCAACAAAAAAGUGUCAGUCUUGCCAAGAAAUACAAAACUAUUGGUCAAACUUUAUUGAAGAUGGAAGGAGACCUCAUCAAUAGUAAUGUUAUAGAGAGUGAAAGUAAAUCAGCAACAGGAAGAGAAAAGCUUUUACAGGGCUAUUAUGCCUAUUGGGAAAAGAGAAUUUUUAAAGCUCUUGUAAAGAAUGUAUCCUCAAGUAUUGAUGAAUUGAUGGAUUUCCUGUACUUGAGUAAAAAGAAGAAGAAUAUCCCAAUUAAGAAGAAUCCUCUUCUCAAAGUUAACGUUUCAUUGUAUCACAAAGCUAUUGCAACAUCACCAGAUUUGGAUGAUAUUUCAGAUAUGUUGGAUAAGAUUGUUAAUAGCCCUAUCAAUGCUACUAAACAUUUCGUGAGAUGGUACAGUGGUACCUGCCAUGAAAUUACAAACAUUGAAGUCAAAACAGAGAGGGAUGACCAAAUUGAUAUUCCUUCGAUUAUUGCUAAUCACUUCUCUUUCUUCAAUGAAAUUCUUCAAAUUCCUUUAAUUACCAAGAAAGUUUUACUUUUAAAUAAUGGUAUCCAGAAAACUUUAACUAAUGUACAAAGAUUUGUAAAUACCUACACCAAAUACCAAGAGUAUUGGAAGACACCAAAAGAAAUGGCUAUGGAAAAGUUUGGUAGUAAAGACCCUUCAUGGGAUGCCUAUUACAGAAAAUUGGAAGACUAUCAUAGAUUGUUAGAAGAUAUUAAUUCUCAUACAAAACCAAUCAAGGAUUUAGAAUUUAUUAGAAUAGAUUCAACAUCAUUUAUAAAAUCCUUCACAGAUGAAUUGAGAAAAUGGAUUGAAGCAAUGUCCAAAUUAUUAAAUAGCAAUAUUGAACCUAAAGCCAAGGAAUUAAAUGCUAAAAUUGAUAGCUUCAAGGAGGGGUUAACAAUUGAAAUCAAGGAACUUGAUGAUUUGAGAAAGGUACUUUCAGUAAUUGAUGAAGGUAGAUCUAGCUCUGCUGAUAUAGAACGAGAAUAUAGAGAAGUUGAGGAUGUUUACCAUACUAUGAUUUCUUAUGGUGUUAAAAUUCCAACUGAAGAAAUGGAACUUGUUAAUGGACUGAGAUCAAAAUGGGAAAAUUUAAUGGUAGCCUCAAAGGAAAUGGAAAUUGAAUUGAUUCCACAAAAAGAAAGAUUCACUUCUGAGACACAAAAGAGAGUUUCUCAAUUCCAAAUUGAAGUUACUAAAUUGAAGGACGAAUUUGAUAAAGGUCCAGGUAAUCCAUCAGUACAAUUGGAAGAAGGUCUCGAACAAAUGGAGUCACUUAAAGGUGCUAUGGAAGAAAAGAAAAAGACCAGAGAUUACCUUGUUCAAUCAGAAAAAUUAUUCGACCUACCAAUUACUCCUUAUCCAGAUUUUGUGCAACUCGAAAAGAAGAUGGCCAAGUUUGGUAAGAUUUUCGAAAUAUUUGGAGAUUGGCAAAAGAAGCUUACCAAAUGGUCUAGAACUCUUUGGGUUGAAGCUCCUAUUGAAGAAAUGACCAAAGAAACCUCACGAUUCUCCCAAAUGUUGAUUAGUAAGAAGGAAUUCCCUCAAGAGCUUCAAGAAUUACCUGCUCACAAGACAUUUAAGAGUAAGGUUAAACAUUUCCAAAAGACCAUUGAAUUACUUUCAUGUCUUAAGAGUGAAGCAUUGAGAGAGAGACAUUGGGAGCAAUUGAUGAAAGCUACAGGUAAAAACUUUGAUAUCAAUCCAUCAACAUUCACAUUGAAAAAUUUGAUUGAUAUGAACUUGUAUGAACACGAAAAUAGUAUUAAUGAAAUCACAGAAUCUGCCAAUAAGGAACUUGAUGUUGAAAAUACAAUUAAGAAGGUUGCUGAGGUUUGGAGAAAUAGAAAAUUCGAUCUCAAGAAGCACAUUAGAGAUGGUGAAGAUAGAGGUUUUGUUUUGACCGGUAUUGAUAGUGUAAAAGAACAAUUGGAAGAAGAUACUGCCAACUUGGCUGCCAUUUCUGGUACUCAACAUUCUGUACCUUUUGCUGCUGAACUUAGCAAAUGGGAAGGAUAUCUUUCUAAGAUUGAUGAAGUUACUACUCUUUGGGUAGAUGUUCAAAGAACCUGGAUGUACCUUGAAAUCAUUUUUAUUGGUUCAGAAGAUAUUAAGGAUCAAUUACCAGAACAAGCAAAAGCCUUUAAGAAGAUCGAUACUGAUUGGGCUAAAACUAUGGCUGAAACAGCCAAGAAUAGAAAUGUGUUGGAGAAUUGUUGCCAAGGAGGUGACAAACUUUCCCUCAUGUCUAGUCUACAAAUAAGACUCAACGAAUGCCAAAAGGGUUUAAACAAUUAUUUGCAAUCAAAGAGAAACGCCUUCCCAAGAUUCUUCUUCAUUUCAGACAAUGAGUUGCUAAGUAUUCUUGGUUCUUCUGAUUUGAAUACUAUCCAAAAGAGUAUUGGUAACUUAUUUGAAAACUGUGGUAGUCUUAUUAUCAAACCAAACACUAAUUUAGUUUUAGGUAUGGUUUCCAAAGAAGGAGAAGAAUACACAUUCGAUAAACCUGUAAGAGCUGAAGGAUUUAUUGAAAAAUGGUUAACUGCUGUUCAAAGUGAAAUGAGAAAGACACUCAAAAUUAUUAUGAAAAAAUCCGUCUACGCUUAUCCAUCUGUUCCUAGAAUUGAUUGGAUCAAAGAGAAUCUAGGAAUGGUCACUUUGUGUGGCUCUCAAAUUUGGUGGACUUGGGAAGUUGAGGAUUCCUUUAGAAGAGUUAAAAAUGGUGAAAAGAUGGCUGUUAAAAAUUUGGCUGUUUUACUCACUCAAAGAUUGAACGCUUUGGUUGAUGAAGUUAGAACACCUCUUAAUUCUCAAGUUAGAAAAAAGAUUACCACCAUGAUUAUUAUCGAUGUUCAUGCCAGAGAUAUUGUAGACAGAUUGGUAAGAGACAGUAUUUUGGACGAAAGAGAAUUCGAUUGGGAAAGUCAAUUGAGAUUCUAUUGGGACAAAUCUGCUAACGAUGUUAAAAUUAGACAAUGUACUGGUGAAUUUGACUAUGGUUAUGAAUAUAUGGGUCUUAAUGGUAGACUUGUUAUUACUCCAUUGACUGAUAGAUGUUUCAUGACUUUAACUCAAGCUCUUACAUUUAAUUUGGGUGGUUCUCCAUCUGGUCCUGCAGGUACAGGUAAAACAGAAAGUGUUAAAGAUUUGGCCAAGAGUUUGGCUCUUAUUUGUAUUGUUUUUAACUGUGGUGAAGGUCUUGACUACAAGGCUAUGUAUAUGAAUUUUUCAGGUUUGUGUCAAACUGGUGCUUGGGGAUGUUUUGAUGAGUUCAACAGAAUUGAAUUACCUGUCCUUUCUGUCGUUUCUACUCAAAUCAGAGAAAUUCAAAGCGCUCUUAAGGCAGCAAAGGAUGAAUUUAGAUUUGAAGAAGAAGAUAUCAAACUCGAUAGAAAGCUUGGUAUCUUUAUUACUAUGAAUCCAGGUUAUGCUGGAAGAGUAGAAUUACCUGACAAUCUCAAAGCAUUGUUCAGACCAUGUGUCAUGGUAGUGCCUGAUUUGGAAAUUAUUUGUGAAAUCAUGUUGUUCUCUGAAGGUUUCAACUCUGCCAGAGUUUUGGCUAGAAAGAUGACAAAACUUUAUCACUUAGCCUCUGGACAACUUUCAAAACAACACCACUACGAUUGGGGUCUCAGACCACUCAAAUCAGUCUUAGUUUUUGCCGGUAGAUUAAAGAGAGAAAAUCCAGAAAAGAGAGAGGAUGAACUUUUAAUGAGAGCUUUGCAUGACAUGAAUGCUCCAAAGUUUGUUUAUGAAGAUACGCCACUCUUCCACGAUUUAUUGAAUGAUCUUUUCGUAAAUAUUUCAUAUGAAAGACUCACUUAUCCAAAACUUUACAAGGCUGUAGAAGAAUCAUUACAAGAAAAAGAAAUGAAGUUACUUGAAGAUGGUAGUCAAGUCGAUAAGGUUAUUCAAGUUUAUGAAACCCUUGAAACUCGUCACUCUGUCAUGAUUGUUGGUGAAACUCAAGGAGGAAAAACAGUUGUUUUCAAUGCUCUAUGCUCAGCAUUGAAGAAGGCUUUCAACUUUAACGUUAAACAAUUGGUAAUGAAUCCAAAAGCUCAAGGUUUGGCAGAAUUGCAUGGCGUGCUUAAUAAGGAUACCAGAGAUUGGACUUAUGGUUUACUUUCAUACUACUUUAAGGAACUUAACCAACCUUGUGAAAAGGGUAAUGAAAGAAGAUAUCUUGUUUUUGAUGGUGAUGUAGAUGCUGAAUGGAUAGAAAAUAUGAACUCUGUCAUGGAUGAUAACAAGAUUUUGACUUUACCAAAUGGUGAAAGAAUUACUCUUCUCAACCCUCUCUGUUCAUUAAUGUUUGAAGUUGGUAACUUGAAACAAGCUUCUCCUGCCACUGUCAGUAGAUGUGGUAUGGUCUAUGUAGAUCCUAAGAAUCUUGGUUUUGAACCAUUUAUUUGGACUUGGUUAAAUCACAAGCUCAAGAAGGAUCACCCAGAGAAAGUUGAAGUAAUGCAACGUUUAUUCGAAAAAUAUGAAAAGUCUUGUGUUGACUAUGUAUUGAAAGGUAUUGAUCUUGAUGGUUCAUUUGUUGAGAGACUCAAAUUGAACGUUGUUAUGAAUUCUGUCAGUUUGGUAUCACAACAUUGUAAUAUGCUUGACGUAAUAUUUGCUGAUCCAGAACAAAAUACUGAAGAUGAAAGAGAAUUAGAGUGCCUCUUUGUUUUCUCUCUUAUUUGGUCUGUUGGCGCUGUUGUUGUGGAUAACGAUAGAAAACGUUUUGAUGACUUUAUUAAGAAACUCACAAAGUGGAAAUCUGUAGAUAAUGGUGAAAGCUUGACUGACCAUUUUGUUGGUGUUGGUUGUUGUCCUUCAAGAUUGACACUUUAUGAAUAUUUCUUUGAUAUUAAUAAUCACCAAUGGAAACCUUGGAAGGUUGCUGUCCCACUUUACACUCCUCCAGCUAAUGGAAGAUUCUCUAGUAUUAUUGUUCCAACUGUUGAUACAGUUAGAUAUACUCAUUUAUUGAGUUCAUUUGUAUCACUUGGUAAGCCAGUACUCUUUGUAGGCUCUUCAGGUACUGCCAAGUCAGUCAUGAUCAAGAACUUUGUUAAAGACUUGACAGACAAGAAUGAGAAAAUGACUAAUUUAUCUAUUAACUUUUCUAGUAGAACAUCUAGUUUGGAUUUGCAAAGAACCAUCGAAGACAAUAUUGAAAAGAGAGUUGGUGAUAACUACGGACCUUUACAACAAAAGAAGAUGAUAGUCUUUAUUGAUGAUAUGAACAUGCCAAACUUUGACAAAUAUGGUACCCAACAACCUAUUGCUUUAUUGAAAUUGAUGUUAGAAAAGCAAGGUUUCUAUGAACGUAAAACUACCAAUCUGGCCUUUAUGAGAUUACUUGAUAUGCAAUACGUUGCUGCCAUGCAACCAACAUUUGGCAGUAAUGCUAUGGAUCCAAGAAUUGUUUCUAAAUUCAAUGUGCUUAAUAUUUCUUUCCCAUCUGAUGAUUCUAUUGACCAUAUUUAUAGUUCCAUUUUAAGUCAUCAUCUUACAAACUUCUCUCAAGAAAUUCAAGAUGUUAGUUCAAAGAUAACCAAGUCAACUAUUAGAUUGUACAAGUAUCUUGUAAAUUCACUUCCUCCAACUCCUUCCAAAUUCCACUACCUCUUCAACUUGAGAGAUUUGAGCAGAAUUUAUGAAGGUUUAUGUUUAUCUACUAUUGAUAAGCAAAACGAGGCUGCAAAGUUUAUUAGAUUGUGGAGAAAUGAACUUUUGAGAGUUUUCCAUGAUAGACUUAUCUCAGUAGCAGAUAAAACUCUCACCAUCAAUGCUAUUGAAGAUGAAAUCAAGACUGUUUUCCAUAGUCACUCAGAAUAUGUUCUCAGAAAUCCAAUUGUUUAUGGCGAUUUCCUUGACUUCCAAGAUCCAAAUAAUCCAAGAUUAUACGAAGAUUUAACGGAUUAUGAUAGAGUUAAGCCUGUUAUUGAAGAUGCCAUCAAUAUUUACAAUGAAAGACCAGGUAUUAAGAAAUUAGAUCUUGUAAUGUUCGAAGAUGCAUUGGAGCAUUUAACUAGACUUUUGAGAAUUGUUAGAAUGGAUAGAGGUAAUGCUCUCCUUAUUGGUGUUGGUGGUUCUGGUAAACAAAGUUUAACUAGACUAGCAUCUUUUGUUGCUGGAUAUGAGUUAUACGAAAUCAAACUCUCAAGAGGUUAUAAUGAAAAUCAAUUCCGUGAAGAUUUGAAGAAUUUGUACAGAAAACUUGGUGUAGAAGAUAAGAAAGUAUUGUUCUUGUUUACUGAUGCCCAUGUUGUAGAAGAAGGAUUUUUGGAAUUCAUCAAUAAUAUGCUUUCAUCAGGUGUUGUUCCUGCAUUAUUCGAAGAUAAUGAAAAGGAUGAACUCUACAACGCAGUAUCUAAGGAAAUUAAGACGACUAACAUUGUUCCAAAUAAGGAAAAUAUGUGGAACUUCUUUAUUAACAAAUGUAGAAAUAAUUUACACAUUGUCCUUUCAAUGACACCUACAGGUAGUACCCUCAGAGUUAGAUGCAGAAACUUCCCAAGUUUAGUUAGUAGUACUACUAUUGACUGGUUCACUUCUUGGCCUUCCCAAGCUCUCAAAGAAGUUGCUAACCAAUUCUUGUCAGAUGAUUCAGUUCCGCAAGAAUUGUUGCAAUCUAUCAAUACUCAUAUGAUUUUCGUACAUCAAAGUGUUGAGAAAUAUAGUAAUAGAUUUGCUCUCGAAUACAGACGUUAUAACUAUGUUACACCAAAGAAUUAUCUUGAUUACAUCAAUACUUACAAGAGAUUACUCAAUGAAAAUAGAAGUAAGAUUGAUGAAAUGAUCAAGAGACUUGAUGGUGGUUUGAAGAAACUAAGAGAAGGUAAAGAUGAAGUUGAAGAAAGAAAGAAGGAAUUAUCUGAAGCCUCUGAAAUUCUCCAAACAAAGUCUGUUGAAAACCAACAGCUUCUUCAAGUUAUUAGUGAAAGACUUACAGAAGCCUCAGAACAAAGUAAACUCCAACAAGAAAGAGAAGAAGAAAUUAAGAAGGAACUUGAAAACAUUCAAAAGCAAAAGAUUGAAGAAGAAGAGAAGUUAGCUGUAGCUGAACCCGCUGUUAGAGCUGCAGAAGAAUCUUUGAAGAAACUUGACAGAAAUGCUAUUACAGAAAUGAAGUCAUUUGCCAGUCCUUCCCAAGUCAUUCAAGAUGUUGGUGCUUGUAUUUAUAUCCUCUUAGAAGAUGAUUCUCCAUCACAAAUUACUUGGUCUAAUGUUAAGUCUAUCAUGACUGAAGCCUUCUUUAACAGAUUGGUUACCUAUGAAAAGUCAAGACUUACAUCUAAUAAGAUUAACAAAAUUGAAACUAUUUACAGAAAGAACGGUGAUGCCAUGAAACCUGAAGAAAUUGCUAAAGUUUCAAGUACAUUGGCUGAAAUUAUUAAGUGGGUUAACUCAAUGAGAGAAUACUUUAAUGCUAUGAGGGUCGUCAAACCAAUCAGAAAGAAGAAGGAAGAAGCCGAAAGAAAGCUUGCCUCAUUCACAGAACAAUUAGCAACCAUCAAAUCAAAGCUCAUUAAGUUAAAAGAGGAUAUUGCUGAAUACAAGGUAAAAUAUCAAAGAGGUCAAGAAGAAGAAAAGAGUUUGAUUGAAAAGAAAUUAAGUAUGGAAGCUAAACUUACAGCUGCCAACAAACUUAUUGAAGGUUUAGGCUCGGAAAGAGAAAGAUGGGCUCAACAAAUUCAAGAACUUGCAGAAAAGAAGAAUAGAUUAAUUGGUGAUUGUUUAAUUUGUUCAGCAUUUUUGAGUUACACUGGUGCCUUCACUGUUGACUUUAGAAAGGAAAUGAUUCAAGAAUGGAUCAAUGAAAUGAAGGAAACAGAAAUUCCACUUACAUUCCCAUUCGAUAUUGAAGAUAUUCUUACUGACGAUGUUCAAAAGAGUCAAUGGGCAUAUGAAGGAUUACCUUCUGAUAAGAUUUCUACUCAAAAUGGUGUUCUCACAACCCACGCUUCAAGAUUCCCUCUUUGUAUUGACCCUCAACUUCAAGCUGUUAAAUGGAUCAAGAACAAGGAAAAGAACAUUAGAGUUUGCUCUUUUAGUGAUUCUGACUUUAUGAGAAAGAUUGAAAAUGCUAUGAAAUAUGGAGAAACUGUACUUUUUGAAAAUGUUGAUGAAGUUAUUGAUCCAAUGAUAGAUCCUGUUUUGGAUAUGGAAAUUAAGGGAAAGAAGAGAAUUGUUAGAAUGGGUGGUGAUGAAAUUGAUGUUGAUCCGAAAUUCAAACUCUACAUGUGUACCAGAAUUUCCAAUCCUCAUUACACUCCUGAAAUUGCCAGUAAGACAAUUAUUAUCAACUACAGUGUUACUGAAGAAGGUUUAGAAGAACAAUUAUUGAAUAUUGUAGUCAAUCAUGAAAGACCAGAACUUGAAGAAGCAAGAAGAGAAUUGGUUCAAACAAUGUCUGAAAGCAAGACUUUACUUCAACAAUUGGAAGCAAAAAUUUUGAAGGAAUUGAACUCUACAGGAGGUGGUUCCCUUAUUGAUAAUGUUGAAUUGAUUCAUACUUUAGAAGAAACUAGAAACAAAGUACGUGAAAUCAACACAAAGAUCAUUCAGACAAAGCAAAACGAGAAAGAAAACUUUAAGGCUAGACAAGGCUAUAGACCUGCUGCAAAGAGAGGUACUAUUCUCUACUUUGUCAUGUCCAGUUUAUCAAAUAUUAACUCUAUGUAUGAAUAUUCAUUAUCUUCAUUCUCACAAGACGUCUUUGAAACUUCAUUGUCAAGAAGUCAACCUUCAAGAAUGUUAGAAGGUAGAUUGGAUAAUAUUGUUGACUACUUGACCAAGUCAGCAUAUAGUUAUACAUGUGCUGGUUUGUUUGGUGUGCACAAACUUUCAUUCUCUCUCCAAAUUGUUCUCAAGAUUAUGGAUAGUGAAACUAGACUUAAUCAAGCUGAACUUGAUUUCUUCCUCAAGGGUGAUCUAACAAUUGGUCUUGAAACUCCAAAUCCAUGUGAAUGGUUAUCUGAAAGCAGUUGGAAAGAUUUGUUAGCCCUUUCAAAGAUUUGCGAAAACUUAAAGGGAUUAUCUGAAGACGUUACCAAUAAUUCUUUAUGGAAAGAAUGGUAUGACCAUGCUGAGCCAGAAGCUUUACCUCUUCCAAACGAAAAAUAUCAAAGUGUUGUUACUCCAUUCCAACAAAUGUGUAUUCUUCGUUGUUUGAGACCUGACAGAAUUGUAGUUUCUGCAACCAAGUUUAUUGCAGAUGAGAUGAAGAAUGAAUAUUUUGUCAAACCACCUGUUCUCACUUUUGAAAAUAUCUUUAGUCAAAGUUCCAAGCUUUCACCAAUUGUUUGCAUGAUCAGUCCUGGUUAUGACCCAGCAAAUGACAUUAUCAAACUUUCAAAUGAACUUGAUAAGAGAGUCAAGUAUAUUUCUCUUGGUGAAGGUCAAGGUGAAAAAGCCCUUGCUUUGCUUGAAAAAGGUAUUUCUAAAGGCAUGUGGGUUCUUCUUCAAAAUUGUCAUUUGUUGGUUGAUUGGAUGAAGAAUGUUGAACACAUUUUAGAAAAACUUGAAAAGGAUAAGGUUCAUGAUGAAUUUAGACUCUGGUUAACAACUGAAGUUACUCCAAAAUUCCCUAUUGGUAUUCUUCAACGUUCUCUUAAGGUUGUCACAGAGCCUCCAAACUCUUUGCAACUUAACAUGAAAUCAACAUUUUCUAAUAUUUCUGAUCCAGAGUUAGAUGAAUGUCACCACAAAUCUUUCAGACCAUUAGUUUAUGUUCUGUCUUAUUUCCAUGCUGUUAUCCAAGAAAGAAGAAAGUAUGGUAAAAUUGGUUGGAAUAUUCCAUAUGAUUUCAACAAGUCUGAUUUUGAUGUCAGCUUCAGUCUUAUUAGAACAUAUUUGAAUAAGGCAUCAAUGUAUAAUGAUCCAAUUCCAUGGGACAGUCUCAAGUACCUUGUUGGUGAAGCUAUGUAUGGUGGUAGAGUUACAGACAAGUUUGACAGAAGAGUUCUUACUACAUAUCUCAAUGAAUUUAUGGGUGACUUCUUGUUUGAUACCUUCCAACCUUUCCGUUUCUACGAAGAUGAAAGUGUUUGUUAUGAGUUACCACCAAUGGAAAGAGAAAAGCUUAUCGGAAAACAAAAUAUGAUUGUUCCACUUGCUGUAGAAGAUUUCUCUGAAUUUAUUGAGAGGAACGUUAAGCUUACAAACUCUCCAAGCGUUUUUGGUUUGCAUCCUAAUGCAGAAAUUGGUUACUUGACCAAUUCUACAUCUAAUUUGUGGAGUGAUCUCAUAUCUUUACAAAUUGGUGUAUCUUCUCAUGGUGGUAAAGGAACUGGUGAUGAAUAUAUCAAAUCAGCCCUCAGCAUUAUCCCAGAACCAUUUGAUAAGGAAGAAAUUCAAUCAAAGAUUCUUCAAAAGUCAAGCAAGCUCACUCCAAUUAAUGUAGUCUUACUUCAAGAAAUUGAUAGAUGGAAUGCUCUAGUAGCAGUUAUGAAGAGAUCAUUAAUUGAUUUGCAAAAGGCUUUGGCUGGUGAAAUUGGUAUGAGUGAAGAACUUGAAAAUUUGAGUAAUUCCAUUAAUAUUGGUAUAGUUCCUCAACUCUGGAAGCAAAUGGCACCACCAACAAGAUUGAAUUUAUCUUCAUGGUUAGAACAUUUCAAGGAAAGAUAUAGUCAAUAUGUUGAUUGGAUUAAGUAUGGUGAAGAUCCUGUUGUUAUUUGGUUGAGUGGUUUGCAUGAACCAGUUUCCUACAUCACUGCUCUUAUUCAAAUGACAUGUAAGAAAUACAAAUGGCCUCUCGAUCGUACAACUAUUACAACUAGAGUUACAGAGUACAGAGCCUCACAUCAAGUCAAAGAAAAGCCUCAAGAUGGUUGUUAUGUGCGAGGUUUAUUCUUGGAAGGAGCUGCUUGGGACUUGAAGAAUAGAUGUCUUAAAACACAAAAUCCAAAACAAUUGAGAGAAGAACUUCCUAUUCUUGAAAUUAUUCCAACAGAAAACUCCAAAGUCAAAUUACAAAAUACUUUCAAUGCACCUGUUUAUUAUACUCCAGAUAGAAAUGAUGGUGGUAAUAAGGGAUUGGUAUUUGAAGCUAAUCUCCAAACUGAUGAACACGAAAGUAUUUGGACCUUACAAGGUGUUGCAGUAACAAUGACUUAAAUAAACAAAUAAUUUCAUUAAU